CCAAUCAAUCUGAACUACAAGGUAGAGAGGUUGGCGGAGAUAUACAUUGCUGAGAUUGUACGCUUGCACGGUGUGCCAUCUAGCAUUGUGUCGGACAGAGACCCGAGGUUUACCUCGCGUUUCUGGGAAGCUUUGCAGCGGGCUUUGGGAACCAGGUUGAAAUUGAGUUCCGCUUAUCAUCCACAGACGGAUGGGCAAACCGAGAGGACCAUCCAAUCCUUGGAGGAUUUGCUAAGAUCUUGUGUGCUGGAUCACAAAGGCAGCUGGGAUGAGAUGUUGCCAUUGAUCGAGUUCACUUACAACAACAGCUUUCAUGCAAGCAUAGGGAUGGCCCCUUAUGAAGCGUUGUAUGGUCGGAGGUGCCGUACACCCUUGUGCUGGCAUCAAGAUGGGGAGAACUUGAUUGUUGGACCUGAAUUAGUUCAGAAAACCACAGAAGAGGUGAAGCGAAUCCAAGAGAAGAUGAGGGUUUCGCAGAGUCGUCAGAAAAGUUAUGCUGACAAUCGCAGGAAGGAGUUGGAGUUUCAAGCUGGAGAUCAUGUCUUCUUGCGGGUUACCCCGAUGACAGGUGUCGGAAGGGCGAUCAAGUCAAAGAAGCUUACUCCAAAGUUUAUCGGACCGUACCAGAUUACGGAGCGUGUUGGACCCGUGGCGUAUAGGAUUGCCUUACCGCCGUUCCUAUCCAACAUACAUGAUGUGCUGCAUGUGUCGCAACUUCGGAGGUAUAUGGCUGAUAAUUCUCAUGUGAUUGAACCUGAUGAUAUUCAGCUGAAGGAUGAUCUAACGAUGGAAAUGCCGCCCAUCAAGAUCGUCGACAAAAGCACCAAACGCUUGAGGAACAAGGAAGUAUCCUUAGUGAAGGUUGUAUGGAAUCAAGCUACGGGCGAUGCGACUUGGGAAUUAGAGGAUAAAAUGCGGAAAUCACAUCCCGAGUUGUUUGUAGACCCUUAAGUUUCGAGGGCGAAACUAUUUUUAAGGGGGGUGGUAUUGUAAGGCCCUAAGUUCAAUUUGGAACAAUUUUAUGGAAGUUUGAAUAAAAUUGAAGUUUUUGGCUAUGUUUGAUAACUGGCAGAUUAGAACUGUCAACUUGUGUGAAUUUUUAGAGGGUCUUAACGACUUCAUUUGGGAAAACUUCCUUCAUGAGAGUUGUAGCCCUUCAAGUCUAGAAAAUUCUCCAAGUGGUUUCGUGUCGAUCCGAUAUCUGUAGCUCCAGA